AUGGAACCUUUACAAACGCUAAGAAAACGAAAAUGUAAGAAAAAAGUAUCCGACGUGAGCGAAAGCUUAGAUUCUGAAAAAUCUUUAAAACUUACUAAAAGAGAAGUGGGUGAUGGAGCUCCUGCGGAAAAAGACAACCUAGAAUCUAAACAUGAAGACCAUAAAGAAAAUAAUUUCUUAAGAGAGCCAUGUUCACUAAAAGUUGAGGUCGAUGUUGUUUUUAUAAUUAUUGUGAUUCUAGGUUUUGCUACUAGAUUGUACAAUUUAGCAAACCCACAUUAUAUUGUUUUUGAUGAGUUACAUUAUGGAAGAUAUGUGUCACUUUAUACAAAAGGAGUAUUUUUCUUUGAUGCUCAUCCUCCAUUGGGCAAACAAUUACUAUACUGGGCUGGUAAACUAGCUGGUUAUGAUGGCAAUUUUACCUUUGAUAGAAUUGGGACACCAUAUUCAGAACAUGUCCCCGUAACCGCCUUACGCAUGGUGCCUGCUAUUUGUGGAAGCCUCUUAAUAGGAGUUAUAUAUCAACUUAUGCAAGUAGUCUCUUUACAUCCAUGGACUGCUGCUUUAGCUGCACUAUUAGUCCUAUUUGAAAAUUCUUUUUUAACACAGUCAAGAUUUAUACUGCUAGAAAGUAUACAAAUAUUGUUUGGACUUUGGGGCAUUCUAUGUAUUCUUAAAAGCACGCGUAAUACUAGCUGGUUAUCCGUGGUGUGGCUUUGUUUUGGUGCCAUAUCCCUUGGUUGUUGUUUCUCAGUAAAAUACUCGGGGCUGUACACAUAUUUCUUGGGAAUCUUCUUAGUGGGUCGUCAAAUGUGGUUAAGAAUAAAUGAGGUGAAAUCUGUUUUACGACUGACUUUCUCAAUAGUUUGGAGAGGUAUGAUUUUAAUCAUAAUACCUUGGAGCCUGUAUGUUGGAGUUUUCUAUGUUCACUUAGCACUACUUCCGAAAGCGGGACCACAUGACAGUGUAAUGACAAGUGCCUUUCAGGCAUCAUUGGAAGGUGGUUUAGCAAGUAUUACCAGAGGGCAACCCUUGCAUGUUGCCCAUGGCUCUCAGAUUACAUUAAGACAUUCCCAUGGGCGCACUUGUUGGUUGCACUCCCACGCACACGUAUACCCUGUAAAGUAUGCAGAUGGUCGCGGAUCAUCACACCAGCAACAAGUCAGCUGUUAUAGCUUCAAGGAUGUAAAUAACUGGUGGAUAGUAAAGAGGCCGGAUGAGUCAUCACUGACUGUCUCUUCUCCACCAGAUGCUAUAAAACAUGGAGAAGUAGUUCAGUUAGUACAUGGUUUGACUACUAGAGCCUUAAAUUCUCAUGAUGUUGCAGCACCUGUGUCCCCCCAAUCUCAGGAGGUAUCCUGUUAUAUCAAUUACAAUGUUUCAAUGCCAGCACAAAAUUUGUGGCGGGUUGAGAUAGUGAACCGUGCAACAGACUUAGAUACUUGGGACAGCAUUAGAUCACUAGUUAGGCUGAUCCACGUCGAUUCUGGCUCGGCUUUACGAUAUAGUGGUCGACAGCUACCAGCUUGGGGCUUUCAUCAGCAUGAAGUUGUCGCCGAUAAAGUUGUUACCCACCAGGACACUGUGUGGAAUGUUGAAGAACAUAGAUAUUCUAAAUCUGAAGACAAGAAGGAGCGAGAACGGGAAUUAGUGGCUGCGGAAAUGAUCCCAACAGCAGCAACACACCUAUCUUUUUGGGCAAAAUUUUGGGAGUUGCAAUACAAGAUGUGGUCUCACUCAGGAGAUGCACCACUAGGCCAUAUGUUUGCUAGUGAGCCACUAGAUUGGCCUGUGCUGCACCGCUCCAUAGCUUAUUGGCUUUCUCCACAUUCUAAUGCACAAGUACAUCUCAUUGGAAACUUAGUGACCUGGUAUGCUGGAACCCUCUCUGUGUUCAUAUAUGGAACAUUGCUCGCGGUAUAUGCUAUACGCAUGAGAAGAAACAUCAGCGACCUAAGUCCUAUCGUUUCAAAGAAAUUCUAUGACGCAGGCUUUAUUUUCUUUCUGGGCUACUGGCUUAAUUAUUUGCCCUUCUUUUUUAUGGAUAGAACUUUGUUCUUACAUCACUACUUACCAGCUUAUAUUUUUAAAAUUCUUCUUUUGUCGUUUGUUGUUGAUCAUGUUAUAUUUAUUUUACAUAUGCGGGAAAGAACAAAGGCACUCACUCAUAUUUUUACUUUCUUUGUUGUCGUUUGGCUCGCGUACGUCGUACUUACUUUUAAAAAAUUCUGUGUUUUAAACUAUGGUAACACUGAUUUGACUGAAUCCGAUCUUAUGAGUCUUAGAUGGAAAGACACUUGGGAUUUUAUUUUACAUAAAAAGAAUUAA